GUGGUGCUGGCUAGAGUGUAUACGUUUGGACCCAAGCUUAACUUUUCCAAUGUGGAAUCCUGGGCCUUCAUUGAUGCUCCCAUUGUGACCAUUUCGUUUGCUCUGCUGCCUCAUCCUGGGCCACUUCAAUUUGGGCGGCUGCUCAGCAUUCAGGUGGAGUCGGGCCACUUUCCACAGCCAUCUCAUCUGUGGCCUGUGCCUCCACUUCCAGGACCAAGAGUCCCCCCAAGGAUGCCCAGUUUUUGGAAGAAGCUGACCGCCUGAAAAGAAAUUAUAAAACAUGAAAAUCGCUUUGAGGUGACCAAGUCCAGAGGCCCCUAACUUCUCCCAAGCUGGAUCUGGGGUGUAAGAACUGUAACUUCAGAUCAUCCAAUGGCAGACCAGAGAAUGGACAUUUCUUCAACCAUCAGUGAUUUCAUGUCCCCGGGCCCCACCGACCUGCUUUCCAGCUCUCUUGGUACCAGUGGUGUGGAUUGCAACCGCAAACGGAAAGGCAGCUCCACUGACUACCAACUUGAUGACUUUUCAUUUGAAGAAAGCAUGGACACAGACAAAGAUGACCCUCAUGGAAGGUUAGAAUAUACAGAACACCAAGGAAGGAUAAAAAAUGCAAGGGAAGCUCACAGUCAGAUUGAAAAGCGGCGUCGGGAUAAAAUGAACAGUUUUAUAGAUGAAUUGGCUUCUUUGGUACCAACAUGCAACGCAAUGUCCAGGAAAUUAGAUAAACUUACUGUGCUAAGGAUGGCUGUUCAGCACAUGAAAACAUUAAGAGGUGCCACCAAUCCAUACACAGAAGCAAACUACAAACCAACUUUUCUAUCAGACGAUGAAUUGAAACACCUCAUUCUCAGGGCAGCAGAUGGAUUUUUGUUUGUCGUAGGAUGUGACCGAGGGAAGAUACUCUUUGUCUCAGAGUCUGUCUUCAAGAUCCUCAACUACAGCCAGAAUGAUCUGAUUGGUCAGAGUUUGUUUGACUACCUGCAUCCUAAAGAUAUCGCCAAAGUCAAGGAGCAGCUCUCCUCCUCUGACACUGCACCCCGGGAGCGGCUCAUAGAUGCAAAAACUGGACUUCCAGUUAAAACAGAUAUAACCCCUGGGCCAUCUCGAUUAUGUUCUGGAGCACGACGUUCUUUCUUCUGUAGGAUGAAGUGUAACAGGCCUUCAGUAAAGGUUGAAGACAAGGACUUCCCCUCUACCUGCUCAAAGAAAAAAGCAGAUCGAAAAAGCUUCUGCACAAUCCACAGCACAGGCUAUUUGAAAAGCUGGCCACCCACAAAGAUGGGGCUGGAUGAAGACAACGAACCAGACAAUGAGGGGUGUAACCUCAGCUGCCUCGUCGCAAUUGGACGACUGCAUUCUCAUGUAGUUCCACAACCAGUGAACGGGGAAAUCAGGGUGAAAUCUAUGGAAUAUGUUUCUCGGCACGCGAUAGAUGGAAAGUUUGUUUUUGUAGACCAGAGGGCAACAGCUAUUUUGGCAUAUUUACCACAAGAACUUCUAGGCACAUCGUGUUAUGAAUAUUUUCACCAAGAUGACAUAGGACAUCUUGCAGAAUGUCAUAGGCAAGUUUUACAGACGAGAGAAAAAAUUACAACUAAUUGCUAUAAAUUUAAAAUCAAAGAUGGUUCUUUUAUCACACUACGGAGUCGAUGGUUCAGUUUCAUGAACCCUUGGACCAAGGAAGUAGAAUAUAUUGUCUCAACUAACACUGUUGUUUUAGCCAACGUCCUGGAAGGCGGGGACCCAACCUUCCCACAGCUCACAGCAUCCCCCCACAGCAUGGACAGCAUGCUGCCCUCUGGAGAAGAUUCCUUUGUUGUAGGUGGCCCAAAGAGGACCCACCCCACUGUUCCAGGGAUUCCAGGGGGAACCCGGGCUGGGGCAGGAAAAAUAGGCCGAAUGAUUGCUGAGGAAAUCAUGGAAAUCCACAGGAUAAGAGGGUCAUCACCUUCUAGCUGUGGCUCCAGCCCAUUGAACAUCACGAGUACGCCUCCCCCUGAUGCCUCUUCUCCAGGAGGCAAGAAGAUUUUAAAUGGAGGGACUCCAGACAUUCCUUCCAGUGGCCUACUAUCAGGCCAGGCUCAGGAGAACCCAGGUUAUCCAUAUUCUGAUAGUUCUUCUAUUCUUGGUGAGAACCCCCACAUAGGUAUAGACAUGAUUGACAACGACCAAGGAUCAAGUAGUCCCAGUAAUGAUGAGGCAGCAAUGGCUGUCAUCAUGAGCCUCUUGGAAGCAGAUGCUGGACUGGGUGGCCCUGUUGACUUUAGUGACUUGCCAUGGCCGCUGUAAACACUACAUGUUGCUUUGGCAACAGCUAUAGUAUCAAAGUGCAUUACUGGUGGAGUUUUACAGUCUGUGAAGCUUACUGGAUAAGGAGAGAAUAGCUUUUAUGUACUGACUUCAUAAAAGCCAUCUCAGAGCCAUUGAUACAAGUCAAUCUUACUAUAUGUAACUUCAGACAAAGUGGAACUAAGCCUGCUCCAGUGUUUCCUCAUCAUUGAUUAUUGGGCUAGCUGUGGAUAGCUUGCAUUAAUUGUAUAUUUUGGAUUCUGUUUGUGUUGAAUUUUUUAAUCAUUGUGCACAGAAGCAUCAUUGGUAGCUUUUAUAUGCAAAUGGUCAUUUCAGAGGUAUGGUGUUUUUACACUACAAAGAAGUCCCCCAUGUGGAUAUUUCUUAUACUAAUUGUAUCAUAAAGCCGUUUAUUCUUCCUUGUAAGAAUCCUUUACUAUAAAUAUGGGUUAAAGUAUAAUGUACUAGACAGUUAAAUAUUUUUAAUAAAUGUUUCCCUUGUUCUAUAAA